AUGUCUCUCUUGGCUUCUUCAUUGGCAGGUGCUAAUUACAUGACAUCGAGUAACGAAGAUAGAGAAUCAGCUACGAAUGGUGCAGCGGAGUUCACGAGGAGGAAGAAAUGGCCAGAGAUACUUCUGAAAGAGCUUGUGGGGGGAUCGAUAUUCUGCUUGAAACCCGUCAUGAUCAGGAGGGAGAGCGGUCAACAGGGUGGGGCAAGUGGGAGUGGUAGCACUUGGAGCUGGAAGAUCAUUUACAGUUCUCCAGCCGUGAUAGAGAUGUUGGGUAAGAAGCCCGCUGAUUUCCUAGAUUUAGUAUUUUCCGCCGAUCAUGGACAGGUUCAAACUUUCUUCCAUCACCUCCUGACUCCCUCUUUACCACACCACGCCUCGUCAUCAACAAGUAUAACCACCUCCACAAACUCUCCAAACAACAACAGCGCAGCACAGAACACCCUAGGCGAUUCGCAGACCACCUAUAUAAGGAUGUUGUCCUCUUCAUCAUCCUCGGUCGGGGGAUCUAACGAUAAUUCACCUGAAUCCUCCUCGAACGGAUCGAACGAUACUUCUUCGUCAACCAAUAAGAAGAUCGGCCCGGUUAUAUGGGAGAUAAGAGCUCAUGCGAGUGGACUAGGGGAUGACAUGCCUUUACCACCUGGAACGGAGAACUUGACGAUGACCAGUACGAAUGGAACGUUGACUACCAAUGCCAAUGUACCGGGGGAAAAUGGGAAUGGGAUGAAAGGGAAGGCGAUAUGGGUGAUGGGUAGGAGAGUAUCUGAGAAUUUCUCAGAGUCGGACCCAAAUCUGAAGGAUAACAAUGGUGGGAAUGGGAAUAAUAAUAAUACAAAUGGUAACGGUGGGAAUGGAAGUAACCAAAAUCUUGAUGCGUUCUUGGAACUGAAAUUGGAAAACGAGAGAUUGAGAGAAGAAUUGAGGGAGUUACAAUUGGAUUUGGAUGAAGAACUGCCCUCCCGUAAAUCAUCUGGUCCCAACAUUUCACCCACCAAACAAACAACAUACAUACCCUCAUCAUCACCUUCAGAUGAAGACUCUUCGCCAUCCUCUUCACGAUCUUCUUCACCCUCCAGAGUAGCAGGUAAUGCCGGGACCUCAACAAAGCCCAAGGGUAAGACCGGCCGACCGCCCAAGGAAGGUAAAGAUAAAGAAAAGAAGAGGAAGAAGUCUAGUGCAGGCGGUGUGAAUGGAAAGGAAGGAGAGGGUAUGCACGUGUGUGUGACGUGCGGUAGGACGGAUAGUCCAGAAUGGAGGAAAGGUCCAUUGGGUCCCAAGACUUUGUGUAAUGCUUGUGGGCUCCGAUGGGCUAAGAGGAAUUCCAACCAACCUACAAGAAAGGAUAGGAAGCCGAAUGAAGUGAAGAAGUGA